UGUAUGACUCCCUCCAUUUUGUAGUUAAAAAACACUUUCGAAAGUGAGAAAUAUGUUUACUACUCACAGAGUACAUUUUUAACACUGAAAGUUAUUUCUCUUUGGAGAAAGUUGAGUUCUUUCUUUUUUUUCAGCACAACAAGACGUGGUUCUCUGCAGUUUUCAGCUAAGCAUGAAAUCCACUCACAACAUUUGCAGCAUCACAAAAAAAUUGGUGGAAGUGAUCAUGUUCAUCUGUCAGCUGUCAUUUUGACUGUCAUAACAACCGAAGCUCCAGUCCAGAGUCAGUGAAGAAGAUUCAACUCAGUGAAGUAAGUACACUGAUACUUUUUUGGGGGAUAUCCAUGCUUAUUUUUUAUGUCACAUCUUUAUUAAUCUUGAUUUUUUUCACAACUUGUGUGCAAUUCAGAGUGAACUGAACUAAUAGUGUCUCAUGAACACACAAUCAUGCACAGAGACCAACAAUCAAGUCAGGAUGUUUGUUAAAUAUGCAACAUUUCAAUAUGUUUCUCACCAAACCUUAUUGUAUACCCACAGAACACUUGAAAUAUAUAGCACAUGACACAUAAGACCACUCUAUUAUACUUUUGCUUCUUGUAGAAAAGACCGGCUAUGUACAGAGCCAUUAGUGCCCCUUGUGACUUUAAGAGCUAUUGCGCUGAUGACUUUUGGCUUUUCCCUUUAACGAUCCCUUUAACAGUAUUAACAGGACGCAGUUCAGACAUUCUUCGCUGUUGUUCAUGCCGUUGUUGUUUCUACUGAGUGCGUUCAUAUUCAAAACCACUCAUAUUAAGCUACACUCCAAACUACUCUGUACAACUCUGGCAUACUCUCUUCUGCCUGUACUACAGUCGUUCACUCAACCAAAUUCAAGAACUGUAAAUCCUCUACAUGUCUGAAACCAUUAAAGUGUACUUCGUCUCUGACCCGGACGACUUAUGUCUGCUCAAUUUCCACCAGCACCCACAAUAGUCUACAUCACAAAUGGUCCUUCGAGCUGGAUUGAGGAGCUGUCAUAAGAAAGAUGCAUCACAGUGAUCCAGAUCAUAGACCUGACUUUCCUGAGCCUGCAGUCAGACCCAGACGAGUUGUGCGGCUCCCUAGUUACCUGUCAGAUUUUGAGCUCACUGAUCAUCAACAAAGGUUACAGUCAAGACAGAGAGUAGAUACUUAUUCUGAAAUGAGUGAUGAUUCAGAAUUGCAAGGAGCGACUGCACCCAAGCUCACCAGCACCUCCACUGAGUAUGGAACGGGUAUGCAGUCAUGGCAGCCACUGACAGAGUGGAGUCCCAGUAGAGAGUAUGAUCAGCAGCGAGCACUUACUUCACCCCUCCCUGAGCUGUCAUCAGAAGUUCUAGCAGAGUUCCAGCAGUUGCGGAAAGAGACAGAGGAACUGCGACGUCAUUCCUAUGAGCAGAUAAGGAGACUGAAAGAGAAGAAUGAGGCCCUGGAAACUCAGUUGAGCCUACUUGCAGUGAGUGAUCGGCCCAGUCAUUAUCCACAGAGUACAUCUUCCCCUGUUCCUCAACCCCACGCCAAUAUUCCGCCUGUCACUACAGAUGCCAGGCCCAUCCCUCUGCCUAGAUCCAAGCUACCUCCGAGACCGAUUGAGAGUGCAGCAGAUUCACUCAGACAAGAUCGCCUGCAUGACUUAGAACAGUGGCUUCGGCAGCUGGAGAUGAUAUCACCACCAACUCAUGCACGACCCUCACAGCACCAGUUCUUCCCCCAUAGAUCUUAUGAGAGAACUGAUGACCGUAGAAGUGGCUACAGCUCGACCCAGUUACGUGUUCCUCCCAGUCAAGAGAGUACAUAUAGGGGACCAGCUCCAUCCAUCCCGAACUUUGUGAAGCCAGAUCCGAGAGAGUUUUCCCGACUGCGCAUCGCUUUGGAGAACAUUCUGCCAGCAGACGCUACAGAGAGAUUUAAAUACCAGAUUCUCAUCGAUCACCUGAAGUUGGAGGAAGCCCUGUUGAUUGCAGACUCCUAUUGCAACUCAUUAUACCCCUUCUCAGAUACUAUGGAGGCACUUAACCAACCGUGGACAGCCUCACCAGUUGGCCCUUCAGAGAAUAGCUGA